AUGGAUCAGACAAAUAUUUUAAAUCUCAAGCAGCUAGAGAUGCUAACGAAUCAAGUGAGCCUGGAACUAGGUGUAUUGACAUUGCUUGAUCCGUUUGGCGUAGUAAACGAGACAGUCACCAUGGUGGACGAUUACUGUAAACACGUAGCGGUCUCUAGUCAUCAUAAGUGGUGUUACAGUCAACCAGUCAACGCGAGAAUAUUCUGUACCAUAAAACUCUACGCUAAUUACGACAAUGCCUGA